UUCUCACGGCGAAGGGAUUGCGAUAGCACGCGUUUUUUCCGGUGUCUGCUGGUCACUUCCGGUUCUCAACACAAACAACAAUUCUGGGCUGAAACAGUUUUUCGGAUAUCAACCCUUACGGUGAAGAUGAGCGCUGCGACGGGUGUGUGAAACUAGCUCGUAUAUUGGAGUUUAGGCGGAGACAUCACUUCCGAGUGAGUAGUGGGUAAAUUCUUCCCAAGGGACGACCAACGUGAAUGAGUGGUGAUUUGUUUUGUUUUUUAUCUGCUCUGGAUUUUACCACCACUGGACAUCGGUACGCUCACCCUCUUAAGGUUAAAAAAAAAAUAGUUGGAAAAAAAAGUAUCAACUGAUGCGGGAAAGCUGCGACAAGGUUGAUGAUGGUGAUGAUGACAUACUGCACAGGAAGCAAAAAUCCGUUUAGAAUACAUUUUUGUGCAACGAUUUGUGCUAAUCCUUUUACAGGAGUUGUUGCUUCCGUGUCCAACGCGAAAGACGAAAAAGUGCUGUAGUGAGCUGAUGUGUAGAUACACCUGACCAGCCCGGCAGAGGAUUGCGUUUGAAUACCGGGCCCGUCCGGCCAGCUGGAUCACUUUUUUUUGUGCACCGAUAUGUGGAUGUAUUUUGUUUCUCUCGUCCGUGAUGAUGCACUCCAGUAGUGCUGUCGAGUAAAAUGAAACAAAGUGGAUUUCAGUGCAUAUUAGUGCAGCAGUAACAGAUUGCACCCGAGAAUCGGAACAGGAGGCACACAGUUCGAAGGAUUCCAUUUGGUGAAAGUAAUCGUGAGUGCACGUCACGCGAAAGGAGCCCCACUGAAACAAUUAGUGCUGAUGAAAACACAUUUCGCUGGAUUGCCCGUUCGGUACGAGUGACGGAUAGUUUAUGCCUUUCUAUUGAAAUUCAGGAUAUGUUAAGAGCUGGUGUACAGUGAUCUUUGUUACUUGUGUUGUUUGUUAUAGAUCAUGCAAUAGUAGAUGAUAAGAGUCAAUGAUAUUUGUUUGUGACAAUUGUGAGUCAAUUGAGAAACACAUAGAUUUUACAAUUUUGAUAGUUGCUCGAACAAGGAUUAUACAAUCAAAGACGGGUUCCGACCGAAACGAAGCUGACAGGAAGAACCGGCGGCGAAGAAAGAAAAAAAAAACAAGUCAGCGGCAUCGGUUCGUAAGGAAGCAUCGUGGAAAAUGGUGCACCAUCAUCAGCACUGUGUUAUUACCAUAAUAGUGAUUUAUUCGAUUGCUAAAUGGCUUGUGAAAUUCGUGCAGUAGAGGGCGUCUCAAGCGCGGGACUGGAUGCUCAGGCGGAAAACGCCUGAACGGCUGACACCAUCAAACAUGGAAGCUCAAAACAUAAUCGUCACCCGAGGAUUUAUGGCUAAUGACGAAACUAAUUAAACGUAAUUGCUGCGGAAUUAACACGGGUGAUAGUCAGAAAACGAUGAUUUCAUAAAUCUAAUUGUACAAGCAAUUUAUCGGUCGUAAUAAUCGGAUUGAAGCGUUCCGCCAUUUUGCGAUGGUCCGCGGAAACUGAGCAAUAAUUAGGACCGAAACAAAUCCCAUCGACUGAUUUCCGCUCCCCGCAGAGCACUCAAUAAUGAAUAAUGCAACUGAUUUCUACUGGGAACUGUCGCAACUAAUUAGGCUAAGCAAUCUUACCUACUACAAUGUUUCGGCUGGAGGUGAAAACUCGGUGACACUAGAUGUGGUCAACUGCUGCACCACUGAGCCCAACUUUUCAAUGUACCUGGAGGCCCUGCCAAACGACAGGGCCGGACUGUUAGCGUUUCUAUUUUUGUUUUCCUUCGCGACGGUAUUCGGCAACUCGCUGGUGAUCCUGGCAGUUAUCCGUGAACGGUACCUUCAUACGGCCACCAACUACUUCGUGACUAGUUUAGCCGUGGCGGACUGUCUUGUGGGACUGGUAGUGAUGCCAUUUUCUGCACUGUAUGAGGUAUUGCAGAAUACCUGGUUCUUCGGUGAGGAUUGGUGUGAUAUUUGGCGUUCGUUGGACGUCCUUUUCAGCACGGCUUCCAUACUGAAUCUGUGUGUAAUAUCGCUAGAUCGGUACUGGGCCAUCACGGAUCCAUUCUCCUAUCCGAUGAAGAUGACUCGGCGGAAAGCGGCAGCCUUGAUAGCGGCUGUUUGGAUUUGUUCCAGUGCAAUCAGCUUUCCGGCGAUCGUGUGGUGGCGAGCAGCUCGGGAAGGUGACAUGCCUCCAUUCAAAUGCACCUUCACCGAACAUCUCGGCUAUCUGGUGUUUUCCUCCACAAUAUCGUUCUAUCUUCCACUGCUGGUGAUGGUAUUCACGUACUGUCGGAUCUACCGUGCUGCAGCAAUACAAACAAGAUCGCUCAAACUGGGCACCAAACAGGUCCUGAUGGCGUCCGGUGAACUUCAGCUCACACUGAGAAUACAUCGUGGUGGCACGACACGGGAAAGGCCAAGCCACCGUCGGGAGCACCAGCAGAACGAUCAGGAUCACCAGCAACACACGGCCAAUUCCACACCGGAAGAACCGGACGAGGAACCACUUUCGGCACUGCAAAACAACGGACUGGGUGCUCGCCAUCGAACGCACAUGGGCAAAAACUUUUCCCUGUCGCGAAAGUUGGCGAAAUUUGCCAAGGAGAAAAAAGCUGCCAAAACUCUCGGUAUUGUGAUGGGGGUGUUCAUCGUGUGUUGGCUUCCGUUCUUCGUGGUGAAUCUGCUGUCCGGAUUCUGUAUGCAAUGUAUUGCUCACGAGGAGAUCGUGUCCGCCGUGGUCACCUGGCUCGGGUGGAUCAAUUCCAGCAUGAACCCGGUGAUAUACGCCUGUUGGAGCAGGGAUUUUCGGAGGGCAUUCGUGCGGAUACUGUGUGUUUGCUGUCCCCGGAAGAUCCGACGAAAAUAUCAGCCAACAAUGCGUUCGAAAGCGUCUCAGUGCCACAUGGCUGCAGUUGUAGCAGCUUCAUCAUCUGAUACUAGUCUAUUUGAUAGCAGCCAUCAGCGUCGAAGCAAUCGUCAGUCAUUCAACCAGCGCAGUAGUCAUCACAGUCAGCGUUAUCCGUACUAUCAUCAUCACCAUUACUGCAACAGCCACUACUAUCACCAUCGGUCAACGCGAACCAUUAACCGGGGCGGUGGGGGCCGGCGUCCCGUUGGCCAUCAUCAUGACUGCUGCGGUGGAAACUGUAGCGAGGAAACCCUCGGCAUGGGAUGCAGCAGCAAUCCAAACAAUCACGGUAACGGUAGCAAUACAAGCAACAACAGCAGUUGUCAUCAUACCGAUGGAUGUGGUGGAGUACCGGUUGGUGGAGGAAGCGUGAGAAGCAAUAGCAGUGGUAAGCGUUGCACUUUUGCGGCUACCACGACCACAAUUCCCAGCAGCGGCAGCAGUGGUCCUGGUGUUGCUGCCGCCACUGCUGCUACUGCUACUGGUGUUGGUGGUGGUGGUGGUGGUGGUGGAUUUAGUGGUGGAGUGAACUGUUCCCGAUACGGAAGUCGAAAGCAAACGUCCGGCAGACCUCCACUCACUUCGGCCCUGGUAAAUCAUGGAACGCGCGAAAUUGUACAAUUCGAUGACAAUCCUCACAUCACGGUGCACAGUCAAAGCUCAAACAGCAGUACGUCGUCGCUAAGGAUUCUCGAGUGAGUUGUGAGAGCAGAUUUUGAGUAUUGAAUUAUUAAACUUUUCCGAGCAGAUUGGACGCCGAAGGUGUUGUAGAGAGCUUCUGGAAGUUGCCACCAAGUACCGGUUGUUUGAUUUAGUGACUAGUGAGUGCACUGAUGGUAUUUACGAUUGCUCGGUUUCAAUAUUUCGUGACAAAUCCAACGUUGCGUGCACUUGGAUGAAAAUGCUAUUUGUUUAGCUUCCGCGAACUAUGAACGAUGGUAUUUCAUAUGGAGGGAUUCGCUUCUGUGGCGAAGUGGCUAUUCUUAGCCUAGUUUGUGAACUGGUUUAUAAGCUUUCCACCAUUUUAUUUGUUUUUGUGCUCAAUCAAUUCAUUCAUUUUCAAGUAUGACGAAAUGCUGCAUAAAAUUAUUAACCGUCGUAAGAUCGAAACAGAGGAGCAAAUACGAUUGGAAUACGCCCAAAGCACGUGCAAGAUUUCGACAUAUCGGAACUAAUCAUUUGGCCAAACGUUCUCUCAUCGAUCGAUGUAAAUAGUGCAAUUUAGCUCAUCAACAGAUCAGUAAAAAAAGUCAUAUUUGAGUAUUAAGUUUUGAAUCAAAUUUAAUUGAAUCAAUUCUAAAACAAGCUGUAAUUUAUUUUUCAUCUUUUAGUAGAGAUAACUAAUUAACAUAAAAUUUCUGCCGCAAUUUAAGGAAUGCUCAAGACUAACUAAUUCUAAAUUAAUAUAAGCGGACGGGUAUAGCGUGAUGAGUAAGUUGAUGCCUUUCACGCAGCCCGCCUGGGUUCGAUUCCCAACCCCGCACGUAGGGUCAGAAAGUUUUUCUGGCCCGAAGAGGCGAAUGACAGUAAUGUUAAAACCUCCAUAAUAGGAACAAAGAAAAUUCUAAAUUUGAAUUCUCCCAUAAAUGGUCGAUUUGAAACAAUUAAACUUAGUUUUGAGUACCUUUAUAUAACCAAGUAUUUCAUCAGAAGAAAAAAGAAUACAAACUUUUAAUAAAAAAAAACCUCGAAUGAUAUAUAAUAGAGCAAUUCCACAAAAGAUUAGCAAUUCAUCAGGCUUCAAAUACUCCGAUUCAGAUGAAACAUUGCACUCGUUUUCAUUAUGACAAAACGGAAAACGUUUUGCACGGAUGCAGAAAGUAUUCAACUUUUUUUACAGUGCAUAUUUUUGUUAACGUUCUCAAUCGAUUUCCUACUACUUUUUAGCUGAAGCGUAAGCAACAAUACUUUCUUUUACUAUGAUACUGUCGAAUUUUGUAGCGAAUAAAGUAAUAAAGUGUGGCGAAGUGUGUUUCCUUAAAUCAAUAUAAAGAAAACAGCCGCCGAAAGUCAUGUUAUAUUGAUGAAAAUGUAAGGUGAGCAUGCUCUUGCUGAGCGAACGUGGCGUAAGUGAUUUGCACGGUUUAUAAAGGUAAAUACCGAAAAGGUGAAAACCCGAAGUCCUACCCCACACACCGUUUAGUUCAAACAUUGCUUCUUCCGAUUACUCUUCGUACCGGUCGACGCAGCAUGGCCACAUACUUCUUUAAUUGUGAUUAAUUCAAAAAUUGAUCGAAUUUUACAAAAAGACUAUCUGUGUAUUGCCAGAAAGAUGGGAAAAAGGGGUAGCCAGCAAAGGACAAUCAUUCAGUAAUAGCCGUUCAACCGAGAAGGUUGUGUAUAGAAGCGUACAGUUUAAUAACGCUGGUUGGUUUACACGCUUUAAAUACGACAACGGUUGAACUACAGGUAGAAACCUGUUGGCAGCAGCCGUUAAAACGUAUAGUCGUGCUGCAUAAGAGAGCCCUAGUGCUGGACCAAGCUGGUGAAGGAAACAACAAAGGGCGUUUCCCAAACUCUACCCAGGCCGCAAUAUACAGCCACAAGUGCUGAGCAGGAGAGUGCAAAGGCACAUCGAAGAGGAAGAGUGCAAAGGCACAUAGAAGCAGGAGAGUGCAAAGGCACACCGGUGCGAAGGCACUUCGGUGCAGAAGCAUAUCGGUGCGGAGCACUAGGAAGAAGGAGACAAGACAACUCGGUCUUUCCACUGCCAUACAACACGCAGGUAUACACCGGUGAUCUGCGCUGGUUACAGCUGGCGAAGACGAAAGCAAAUCGGAAUUCGAGUGGUGCUGGAUGUCAGGUAGCAGUAGCAUCACAUCAUAUUCUAUCGCUACAGUGAGCUUCAGCAUUGUAUCAACGUCCAGAUACAUCCAACAAGAACAUCUAGAGCAACGAGGAUCUACACGGCAGUGCAACGGAGAUAGACAACAAUUUCAAGGUAGAAGUUUUUUCUUUUCCUUUUGAUUGAGUACUGUGUAGUGUUGGUUUCAAAUUUUAUUUUAAAGUUUAGUUAAAAAUUUUAAUGUAAUGGAUGAAUCCAUGGACGUAAAUCCUAGCAUGAAUCCGAUACCCCCACGAACGAAAAAAUAUCAGGAGAGCUCUUCUGGGCCUUGGAUAGUCUUUUUUAGACGUAUAUCAAAGCCAUUAAACAUUUUUCAAAUUAAUAAAGGUUUGACAUCACGAUACUCUUCAAUCAAAGAGAUCAUAAAAGUAAAUAACGAUAAAAUUCGUGUUGUGGUAAAUAAUUUGAAACACGCGAAUGAUAUUGUCUCUUCGGAACAUUUCAAUAAAGAGUAUAAAGUUUACAUACCCUCCAAAGAUGUCGAAAUUGACGGUGUUGUUACCGAAGCGAGUCUUUCGGUAGAUGAUUUACUCAAGCAUGGUGUUGGUCGUUUCAAGAACUCUAUGCUUGAGGGUGUGAAAAUACUGGAGUGCAAACAACUGUACUCAGUAGUUCAUGAAGAGGAAAAAAAAGUUUAUCGCCCAUCAGACUCGUUUCGAGUGACAUUUGCCGGGUCUGCGUUGCCGUCCCAUGUCUAUGUCGAUAAAAUUCGCCUCCCUGUUCGGCUUUUUGUUCCAAAUGUAAUGAAUUGUACGAACUGCAAAAAAUUCGGCCACACAGCUACUUACUGUAAUAAUAAACCAAAAUGUAUUAAGUGUGAAGGGCCUCAUAAAGAUAAUGAUUGCAACAAGGAAAUUGAAAAAUGUAUUUAUUGUGGGAAUAGUCCUCAUGAUGAUAUUUCAGUAUGCACUGCAUUUAAAGUGCACAAAGACAAAAUUAAGCUUUCUUUAAAAGCACGGUCUAAGCGCACAUAUGCAGAAAUGCUUAAAACGGUCAUUGAUGUCCCCCCUUUGGAAACCGAAAACGGGUUUUCAAAUCUAGAGGAACCAGAGGACUCUGACUCUGACGAAAAUAGUGAAGGUAAUUCGUUUAUCACUACCCAAGGGUCAGUUAAGAGAAAGAAGUCUUCCUCCAAAUUA